AUUGUGGCCCGCCAUUGAUGAGGCCUUGCGGAGCGCAGCCUGCGAUAAAGGAGUGACGGUGCGUCUCCUCAUCAGCUGUUGGCGACAUUCGAGACAAACCAUGUUUGUUUUCCUGGAGUCGCUCCGGGUCCUGAGAAGGAGACCUCUCCACUGCCCCAUCGAAGUGAAACUCUUUGUGGUCCCCACAGAAGGGAGAGAAAUCCCUUUCGCCCACGUCAACCACAACAAAUACAUGGUGACAGACCGCGUGGCUUAUGUCGGUAC